AAGCUAGUAACUUAUCUCCUUGGAUAUCUGAUCCAAUCUCUUAUUAGAAGGACAUGUUAAGAGAUGGAUAUUCGCGUUAGGAAUAGUACAUACAUCAUCCGCUCAACUAUCAGGCCUUCUCCAACCCAACGAACGGUACUCAUUAGAUAAUGGCAGACAUUCAUACUCUUACGGAUCUUAAGAGGAUCUAUGCCGGUCCCCAUGUAUCACCAACAUCACUCAAUACCCCUUUUAGAGAAGCACUCAGAUCAUAUGCCACAUCGCAGUCGCUUCAUUUCUUCGAGGAUAAUUUAGGAAACAAUUACAUCACUCGACGCGAGCGGGAUACAGAUAUUGCGCCUAUUGCUAUUGCUUUCCCACUAGACGGCGGCCUUUCUGAACCAUCCUUCACAAGUGCCUUUCGCGUAUUCUCUCUUCUAUUCGAGGUGUCUCUUCCAUGCAACCUAGUUCUCGUAGGAUGGGCGACUUUGGGGUCGCGACUCAUCGGCCAAGAGCUCUGGGAAGCAUCAGCCGCGACACCUUCGUAUAGCGUGCCCUCGGAGCUGCAAGAAUUUCAAGGCAAUCCCAGCGCAAGAGAUGUAUCAUUCUCCGCUGUUUUUGGGGCGUCGAAGCAAAAGGGGAUACCCCUGAGGAUUGAGGGGAGUUCCAUUCUUGUUGAAAAAACGCGAAGACUCACCACAGGCCAGGCAGAUAUUAGCCAGUCCCACAAGAAGAUUAUUAGGACACCUUGGGUUUCCAUUACGGGGCCUGAAGCAGAAGUAGUAGCAAUUGCCGCUAUUAAGGAGUAUAGUGCCUACAUUGUAGCUUUGUUCGAUAAUUUCGAUUAGUGUACGGAAAAGCAGCUGAAUAUUUGGUGUCAUUUUACGCCCUAUACCUACGUAUCAAAUGUGAAUAUAGUAUCACUUAGGGAAUCAGGUUUACUGUAGUGAUAUAUCCG